CGCUCAUUACGAUCGAGGAAAACCCAGUUCUACCCAUCCACAAACACAAAACCAGUCAUAAUGGGCUUUGACCGUGGUGGAAGAGGCGGCAGAGGAGGAAACUUUCGCGGUGGUGACCGCGGUGGGCGCGGCGGAGCGAGAGGAGGACGCGGGGGCGGUCCCGGCGGCCGUGGCGGGCCGGCUGGUCGAGGGCGUGGAGGGCCUCCCGGUCGCGGCCGGGGAGGCGCUCCCCGAGGCCGCGGUGGUGCCAGGGGUGGUGCGAAGGGCGCGAAGGGCGGCAAGAAGGUUAUUGUCGAGCCCCAUCGUCACAAGGGUGUCUUCGUUGCUCGUGGCGGGAAAGAGGAUCUUCUGGCUACCGCCAACUUGGUGCCUGGCGAGUCGGUCUACGGAGAGAAGAGAAUCUCCGUUGAGAAUGCCGGCAAGGGUGAUGACGCUGUUACCACCAAGACGGAGUAUCGCAUCUGGAAUCCUUUCCGAAGCAAGCUUGCAGCUGGUAUUCUAGGUGGCUUGGAAACAAUCUACAUGAAGCCCGGCUCCAAGGUGCUGUACCUUGGUGCCGCCUCUGGAACAUCAGUCUCUCACGUUGCUGACAUUGUCGGUCCAACUGGAGCUGUCUACGCCGUUGAGUUCUCCCACCGCUCCGGCAGAGAUCUGAUCAACAUGGCGACCCGCCGGACCAAUGUCAUCCCGAUUGUCGAGGAUGCUCGUAAGCCGAUGGCAUAUCGGAUGCUUCUACCGAUGGUGGACGUAAUCUUUGCCGAUGUUGCCCAGCCUGAUCAAGCAAGAAUUGUCGGUAUCAACGCAAAGCUCUUCUUGAAGCAGGGUGGCGGUCUGCUCAUCUCCAUCAAGGCAAGCUGUAUUGACAGCACUGCCCCCCCGGAGCAAGUCUUUGCUAGCGAAGUCCAGAAACUGCGCGAGGACAAGUUCUUCCCCAAGGAGCAACUUACUCUGGAACCUUAUGAGCGUGACCACGCAAUGGUGUCUUGCGUCUACCUGCAGAAGGAGUUUGAGGGUUGAGUGCGAGUUCGGAUGUACCAUCGCCCUAAACUCUUUCAUGGCGUUCUGAGACAUUACUUGGUGUUCAACUGGACGGUUGGCUUGCUUUGAGUCUGGGUGGCGAACGGCGUUUUGGGACUGGGCUCUAUCAGCAUGGUGUGACUAGAGCAUCGGGGUGUACCAAUGGACCUCUAGGCGAAAUCAGUCACUGCACCGAACCUCUCUCAUCUCGACAUGGUCGAGUCGGCCAGCCCUGUGGCAGGCAGUGCGAGUCAUGCGCUGCAAACGCGGCCCAUGAAUAGCAUUGGCAGUGGAGGGUGGAUGCCAGGUGAAGGAACGAUUUGGCCAGGUCACCCGCUGUAGCAAUGGGAUUAGACAUUGACGCUUGUAAAUAGGCAGCUGAUGCUGUCCCUAGACGUAAUGAGGAUGAUAUACACAAUUGCCUCGGGU